GCUCGCCGUUGUUUCUCCAGACGACUUUCACAGCAACCAUGGCGUCCAGACUGGCAAGGAGUGCGGCUGGAGCCGCCAAACUCCGCCCAACCCUUUCCAUCCGAACUCUCCCAUCCCUCUGCACACCCUUGACUUCUGUCCGACACGCAUCGAACGUUCCUGCCGAAGACCCCAAGAAGAAAGCGCAAUCCAUCGUUGACGCCCUGCCUGGUAACUCUCUGGCCAGCAAGACCGCCAUUCUCUCAGCAGGUGCAGGUAUUUCCAUCUGGGCCAUCAGCAACGAGUUGUACGUUGUCAAUGAAGAAUCCGUUGUCGCCUUCUGCUUGUUGUCCGUCUUUUACGGUAUCUUCAAGUACGGCGGACCCGGCUACACGGAGUGGGCGAACAGCCAAGUUGGAAAGAUCAAGGAAUUGCUCAACGAGGCGCGGACGAACCAUGCUGCAAGUGUCAAGGAGAGAAUCGAGGAUGUCAAGCCUUUGAGCAAUGUGGUCGACAUCACAAAGCAGCUUUUCGCUGUUUCCAAGGAAACCGCUCAACUCGAAGCUAAAGCUUUCGAACUCGAACAACGAACCGCCUUGGCUGCCGAAGCGAAGAAUGUGCUCGACUCAUGGGUCCGAUACGAGGGACAAGUUAAGCAGCGCCAGCAGAAGGAAUUGGCCGACAGCAUUAUCGCUAAAGUUACUAAGGAGCUCGAGAACCCCAAGGUUCUGCAGCAGAUUUUGAGCCAGAGUGUGGCCGAUGUGGAGAGGAUUGUUGCUAGCAAGUCUCAAUAGAUACGACAAUUUUAAAAUCGACUUUAGCAGGGAGAGUCACUGCGGAAGCGGAUCAGAUGCUAGAGAGGUUGGGGGAUGGUAGCCUCAUUGGCUUGAUGCAUUGUUGUGUACAUAAAAUAGCUCUAAAGCUUUCGAUUUGAGCACUUUUACCAUUAUUGACUGUUCUGUAGCCUCUGGAAAGUCGAGUGCUGCCGCCGGGCAAUCAAACAUGAGCAUGGUGCUGUUUUCCCAUUCA